AACAUCUUGAAGGUAACAGCUGUCUGAGGAUAGAGUGGAUGGUCUUAGAAGGUGGAGGACUUUCCUUCUUUCAGUAGAGUUCAGGUGGUGCCAGGUGGCCUUCAGAAGAGGCACAUUGAGUGGGGAAGAGCGAUACCAACUUGAUGGGGCUGAUGUGGCAGCGCUCCCGUCCCGGUCUGUCCCUCUUUGUCCUUCUGGCUCUCAGCUGCUUCUUGGAAGGCACAAAUGCCGGUUCCUGUCCUGAUGAUUGGCUGGCCUACCAGAACCACUGCUAUGGACUCUUCUAUGACAAGCUAACUUGGCAUGAAGCAGAGGAAGACUGCAAGAACUAUGGCACCAACGGCCACCUGGCCUCCAUCCACAGCUGGGUAGAGGCGGAGGUCAUCUCUGAUUACAUCAUCACCAACCACAAGCACAUAAACUACGUCUGGAUCGGACUCUAUGACACCUACCGGGUCAGGAUAUUUCAGUGGACAGAUGGCUCCUCAUUGACGUUCAAGGCAUGGGCUCAGUUUGAACCCACGUUUUUCACACUCUCCAAGUAUUGCGUCCAUCUAAUCGACUUUACUAGUUAUAAGGAAUGGGCUGCUGUCGCCUGCGACGAAAAGGCUUCCUAUUUGUGCAAGUUCAGCUCCUUCUAAGAAAGGCCAAGGCAUCUACUGGUCGUCAACAUCCGACUGCUAGGACCUCUCCUCUGCUUGAUCCUUCCGCUCUCCAACAACACCCUGGCCCUGUUUGGAUAUGGUUUAGCUUUCCCUGGGCAACGAUUGCAAUAAACACAUUCUUCUCCAUCUA